AUGAACCGCGCCCAAGCUCCACACUCCCCGAGCAGCGCGACUUAUAGUCCCCCUUCGCUUCCAGAAUAUCUUUCGAGGAACCAUGCUUUGAACGUGAUUGUGGGCGUACCCACAGACGAGGAAGUAAGGGCCAUUCACGAUACGAUUAGGGCAGUGAACAGUGUGUCGAACUUCCCUGCAUUAUAUGACCAUAAAUUAUCUACCCAGCUAGCGCAACACCUCUUUACUGUUCAGAUGGUAUCUUUCCAGGGGAGAAUACAUAUACACCCCCGCUCAUCCCAUUACCAUGUCUAUAUCCUUGGAACCGGUUAUUGGGGCCCAUCGGAUGAGGAGUUAGAGUCCGCCUAUGGAGUAGUCCGUGCUAUGGAGAAUUUGGCCAAUAGUCCCUUCUUCGAUCCAGUGUUGGGUGUCAAACUAUCUCAGCAUUUGUUCAAUAUACAGUUUGCUCGCUAUGUCCAGGAUGCAAAUCAGGGGCAGUUUACUCAGAGCCAAAUACAGGGUCGACCUUCCCCUCCAGUUGAUGAGGUUGAUAUUCCGGCUGUUACAAUAUCUAAUUCCGUGUCCCAUCAAGAAACACUGAAUCCGACACACACCGAACCAGAAUCAGCCACUCCCUCUCUGGCCGAGAACGCAACACACGUGCAACCUCGGUCGAGGCCAGGUGUUGAAUCGCAGUCGAAUGACAAACUCGAUAAACUAUGUGCCUAUCAGCAAGAGACAAACAGGCUGCUGUCUAGCAAUGAAGAAUUACUAAGGGUCAUUAAACUAACUUUAAUUAGUGGUAAUUCAAACACUAAUGUCCGGUUUAAUAGAGUUGGUAGUUAUACCUCAUACCAGACUAUGAACGAAAAGGGAGAAUUUCCAUGGAUGUACCACCUCCAAAGUACAUCCGGUGGGAGUUCAGGUGAACUCUACAAUCCUGUUGUAGGAAAAGAACUUGUUGCAUAUCUCAAAUUCUAUAAUAUUGGCACUGAAUUAAUCGAAGAAGGGACCGAAAAUCUCAAACCGAACAAAGAAGCGGAUGCGAAAAAGGCCUUGGGCUCGCCAACCAAUUGUAAUACUUACACCCCACCUCCUAUUCCAGAAUAUCUCUCAAGAAGCCAUUUUAAAUACGAUUGUGGGAGUACCACAGAUGAGGAAGUUGAAGCUAUACACAAUGCAAUUCGGGCACUGAAUAUCGUAUCAGCUGUCCCGACCUUGUAUGACUCUAAGCUGUCUACCCAGCUGUCGCAACACCUCUUCACCGUCCAGAUGGCUGUGCAUAGGAAUAAAUACCCAUCUAGUAUAUUCCCAGGAGAAAACACGUACGAUCCUCCGUCCAUCCCAUCCCACCUACCGAUUAGGCUAGAACCAGUCAUUGGGGCACCUUCAGAUGAAGAGAUAGAGUUGGCGCAUAACGCGGUUCGCACUUUGGAGAAUCUAGCAAUAAUGCACCAACUCCGUGGCAUUAAGGCGGAAAGCUUUGGACUCUUCAACUCUCCCAGGGUAGAAAACGUUAUUGGGCAUCUCGAGUUUUACAAUAUCGGUGCAGAACUAAUAGAUGAAGAGAGCGGAGAACUCAAGCCAGGCAGGAAGGGAGAUGUGGAGAAGCUAUUAAGCCACCGUCUGCGUUACGGAUACCCGCCCAUAUCGUAG